AUGAUUGGGCUGCGGGCACCAGACCACGGAGAGGGUGACACUGCAGAGAACAGCAUUCGGGAUAUGUUCGAGCUGCAAUAUAUAAUAUAUUUCCCUCCGUUGCACGUUCGACGUGUUUGGCGCAUGUAUUGUGAUAUCAAUGCCUUUGGUCCAAAAGGUUGA